AUGGUAACGGGGCUGGAGCCGAGGGAGCAGAGGCUGCUCUUCAGGGGCAAGGAGAAGGAGGACAGCGACCACCUCCACAUGGUUGGGGUGAGGGACAAGGAUAAGGUGCUGCUCCUUGAGGACCCUGCCCUCAAGGACAUGAAGCUCUGUGACGCGCUCGCGGGCCGGGCUGUGCAGAGCCCGUAUCAUACUUUUAUCAAGGUGUAG